AAAUCUGGCUACGCCCAUUUGUACAUCUGUUUUUGUUUGUAGCUGAUGUCAAAUACGCGGCGCUAAUACAUUCCUUUUGAAAUUACAGCUGACUAAUCCAAUUAAAUGGCUGUUAACGAAAGUUUAGGUGAUAUUGAAAACCAUUUGGAUAAUUUUAUCGUUCGCAAGAAAAAGCCAGAAGAAAAAACCGCUUGUUCUGCAAAGUCUGGACCUAAGAUUCAUGAAAAUGUUCCUUUAACAUUAUGGGAUAUUCUACGCGUUACUCAAGAUCCGGAUAGGGAAAAGGUGUACAUAAUAAGUGGUGCCGUUCCGAUAUACUUUCGCACCUGCAUAGUUUAUGGUUUUGUGGCCGGAUUUGGAACCCACAAUGACUUCUUUAAUAAAUACAUUAUUGAUGAUAGUACAGGAUCACUGGAAGCGAGUAUUCCAAAGAAGCACAGAGAUAGAGAUGUCAUAUCCAGCCUUUACAAUGAAGUCUCUUCAUUGACGUCUAACGAAGCAAACAAGCCCGUUGUCGAAAGCUGCAUCCGACUUUUGAAGCUUGCCAUGCAAUUUAUAGAUCCCUCGCCCAUAAAAAGAGGAGAUAAUCUGAUUCUACGCGGUCGUCCUAAUAUCUUCAGAGGAAUGGUGGGACUAGAUGCUUUUUCGUUUUUCAUAGACAGCGGCAGAUCCAGAAAAAUGGAAAUUUGCUUUGCAGAUAACGUAAUAGACUGGCACAAGGAGUAUAAGAACCAAAAUAAAACUAAGAAGUAAUAUUGAUUGUUUUUUUCUUGUAUUGAAAUUUUACUGUUAAUAAAAAAUCAAACUUUAAAUAAGGAGAA